AUGGAUGAUAGCAGCUCUAUGGAUGGCAUUGAGGGUAGUGAUGCAGAGUAUGAGGAUUCUGAAGAGGAAGAGAGUGAAGGAGAGUUCGAAGAGUGGCUAGCCGACGCAACACAUGAAGGAGCCUCUGUCGCAACUCCAGACUCCACGGUCAACGUUCUUUCCGGCAGGCAAGACAUACUUGGAGAGUCUCUCAAAGAAUUUCUCGAGCUUCUCUUUCAGGUCAGCAUCGCUCUCAGCACCGAAACAUUCCUGGAUGGAGAUCCAGGGUCUACACUUCUCGUUUACUUUAGUGGUGUCCUAGGGUUUUCCACCGAUUGUCGACAGUUCCGCUUGGCUCGACAGUACUGCCCAUACUUAUCCGGCCUCAUAUACGUACAGCGUCUCCUAUUCUUGGAAUAUGCUUUGCCUCUAUGUCCCUACCCUUCACUUGGGAUACGACAGAGGCCAUCUACUCAGCAGCUCGAGUGUUUGAACAAAGUUCGACAAGAAUACAUGGUAGCUGGAUCACCAUCCUCCUUCGCAGAGCUGCACAGUCUUCGAAACUUUGGUCAUAGGAUCGCGCGAACCGAGCCGCCGACCUUCUUCCUCCAUUGGAGCGAUGAUGGGCAGAGAGUUUCGUUCGGAGACGAAUUCAGUCUAUCGAUGGAGGAUUUUCGACGGCUUCCUAGUCAUUUUAUUACGCGCGCUGAAGAGCUAUGCAAUGAAUUGAUGUUCGGGUUGGAACCUAAUUUUGAUCUCAGUAGGAUCAAGGACGACAUGACAAACACACAACCGGGGUAUUCCUUUGUCCUACACCCAGAGAACAAGUUCGAAGACAUGUACAAGGUUCUUCUUGUGCGGUCAUGCACUACACGUACUGCCAGACUAUCGAGAAACGGCCAGUGGAGGUGGGCGGCUGUUGCAUCAUAUCUCAAAUCGACGGCUAAACUGGAAGAAAUGAUCGGUGGCAGCCUUCUCACCGCUUGUGGGCAGGCACCGCGGUUACUCGAACUGCUGAGCCUGACGGUUGAGAACAGCCCUUCAGCAAUCCGCGGGAUCUUCGUUUGGAACAAGUCUGUCGUCUACACAGUUCGGCAUCAUAAGGCUAAGCGGUCAACAAACCAAGAAUUCUACGUUGUUCGAUUCCUGCCAUCUCGGUUAGCCAUUAUUGCCCUCAAAUACCUUGUCUGUAUACGCAGGCUUGCGAACUUGCUACGGCGGGAGCAGUUUGGACAAUCUGAUCCACAUGGGCCUUUGCCGUCAAAACAGCUGCUUUUCCAAAAUAAUGGCAAGGCAUGGGUACCAUCUCGCCUAACUGCGAUACUAAAGAGCGCUUCAAAGCAGGUGUGGAACCGCGAAGUCAGCGCUCGAAUGUACCGCCAGCUCGCGAUCGGAAUCACCGAAAAGCAUGUUCAAGAGGUGCACUCACCAUUCAACCGCUAUGAUGAUCUUAGUUCCAAAGCGGAUCCAGAUGUCGUCUUUGCCUGGCAAAGCGGACAUCGUCCUCUACAACGGGGUAUCACGUAUGGACUCGAUGGCGCAUAUCCACAUCAACUCCAGCCGUCACUCCUCCGCGCAUAUGAAUGGGCGUCCACUAGAUGGCACGAGUUUAUCCAUCAAGCCAGCAAGAGCUUGCCAGCAGUGGGAGGAGAAUCGCAGGCGACAACUUCACAAUACACAGGCGCGGCAAGUACUCGAGCUGCCAAUCACACAUCUAGAAACGACCACGAGGAGGAACCAGAGGGAGGUAGGGAAGGGCUCGACAUAGUCCAGAUCGCAGCCAUGGCCCGAGGGCGUCCCACAGACUCGCCCGGCGGCAACGAACCGGAGCGGCAAGAAGAUACAGGAGAGUCCGCCAGCUGUGUUCAUGCAGAAGCCACCAAACCGGGAGAAGGGUGGCUUAUAUAUAAUGGCGAAUACCGGUCGUUGAUCUGCGCCUUUCACGGCUAUGCGGUCUGCAGCCUCGAGGGUCACUUGAGGGACCGUCACCCAGACAUCGACCAUCGGGCCCGCAGCGAUAUCAUCCACCGCCAUAAGGGUCUACAGCUGCAAGGGCCGGCAUUGGAGCAGCUCGUCCAGCACGGUGCGUCAAACCCGACCCGGGCCGUCAAGGGUCUCGUCGUUCACCGGGGCUUCGCUUGCACCUGGCCGGGUUGCAGGCACCUCACGCCGAGCUGGAAGUGCCUGCGGGUUCACCUCAACGGCGAGCACAACAUAAAGGGAGCCAAGGCGCAGGCGGGCCUCUGGACCGGCGUCUAUCUGCAAACCUUCUUUACAGGUCCAAAGAGGGCGAUUUACUACUUCUGCGUAAGAAUCUCGACCAGCGGUAACGAUGAUGCUGUCUCGGCAGCAGGAGAUCCUCCGACGCCGGUCGGCAGGGGGAGAAGAGCGACGAUGGCAGACAGGCAGCAGACGCACCCGGAAGAUCAGACGAUGAUCGCCGACAUCACCCAAGGGUGGUCACUGCAGCAGGAGGAGCAGGAGAAGAUGCAGAAGGUCAUGGAGGAGGGGAUCCUGAGGCACGAGACGACGAACUGGCUGAAGAGGACCGGCUGGUCAGCCCACUUCGCCGGGAGGAAUCUGGUGGAUAUCCAAGCCUGCAGCAGGAUGCCCGGCUGUGACGACGACGAGCUGCGACGGAUGGCCACGGCUCUAGAUCGUCUAUUCUUCGACCGCUGCAUCGGCGGGUUAAAGAGCAUGCCCCUGAUGACCCGCCUGCUCCUGGCCAGCCCCCACCCUCACGAUGCCCACAGCCGACCGUUUGGGCCGCUGCAGGAGAAGACCAGCAUGGAUCGCUACCUGGUAUAUGUGAAGCGGUUCUUAUGCUAUUGCCUCAACGUGCUGUCGCUGGAGGAGGAUGCGCUGUUUGCCGAACACGGCUUUCGCUUCACGCCUGCACAGAGGGCCAGCCUCGAGCUGCUCUGGGCGCAUCUGCAGGACGAGGAACAGUCGGGCGAGGGGCUGCAGGAAGAGAUAUUGCAGAUUCUGGCGGACUUCUGGAUGCAGCGGCUCGACGGGGACCCUUUUGCGAGCCCGCUGUGGCACUUCGUCGGGGUGCUGGGAAUCGACGGCGAGACGGGGCAGCUCCGACCUGCCCACCUAUUCACCUACGUGCUUGCGGGACUCGUCUUCACGGGGCGGGCGCUGCUGGGAGAGUGGGCUAUACCCACCCGGGAGCGGGCCGGGAUGACGGACCUCGCGCAACGGUUCGCCCAGGUUCGAGACGCCUGGCUUUGCAAGGCGACAUACUCUCCCAUGGGCUAUACGCUCAGCUUGCUGUUAUACGGAAGGAAGAUCGCGCAGGAGACUGGUAGCCGGCUGAUGGUGUCCUGGAGCAAGGACGGCGAGAUGAUGUACUUCAUGGGCAAGCCGAUCCUGAUGGAGAAGAUUCGUCACAUGGUGGCUAGGAUGACGAAAGACGCCGAGGACCUGCUGUGGGGUCAGUUGAUGUUCAAGGAGGGCGACGACGAGCGUUUCAUCCUUCCUCUGGCCGGCAUUGAGGAUGACCUCACCCAUACAAGACGAGGCCGGUCCUUCAUCCAUACCAACGACCUCGCUGGCAAGGAGGUCGAGAUGCUCGAGGACCUCGUCAUGGGCUCGCGGAAGACAGAGUUCCUAGAUCGAGCGGGCGAGUGGAAGUGGGCGGGCAUCAGGAAGUACCUGAAGCUGGUGAAGAAGUUCGAGGAGUUUCUGCUGCUCCUCUCCCACAUCACCGGCGGCCAGCCCAGCCGAGGGGAAGAGAUCACGGGCCUGCGCCUGGUCAACGGCAUCAACAGGGACCGCAACGUCUUUGUCAUCGACGGCGAUGUUGUGCUCGUCACCCAGUACCACAAGUCUCUGGCCCACUUCGACUCGCCGAAGGUGAUCCCCCGCUUCCUGCCGGAGAGGAUCGGGCAGCUGCUCGUGAUGUACAUGGUCUACAUCCGACCGCUGACGGAUCGCUGGGAGGCGGACAGAUGGGAGCUAUAUGGCAAGAUGGCACCGCCGAGCGACUUCAUCUGGCAUAACGAGACGGGGCCAUGGGAGAGCAGUCGUAUGUCUGGGGCCAUGGGGAAGUGGACCUCCCACUAUAUCGGCCGCAGGAUCACGCUCCAAGACUGGCGCCACAUCGCCAUCGCCAUCAGCAAGAAGCACGCUCGCGACCGGGGGGCCGCUCGGGCAGACUUUGAGGACGGCGACGACGAUGACGAGUCGGAGCAGUACGAGGCGCCGGACGAUCUGGCUGCCUGUCACACCGGCCAGACAGCCGCCAACUACGGUGUCACGAUCGAUGUGCUGAAGCGCUUGACGGCCGAGUCUCUGGACAUAUUCGGGCAGGUGAGCCGUCGUUGGCACAAGUUCCUCGGCUGCGACGCGCAGCAGCAAUCGGCCUUGGAGCCGCCGCCGUCAACUUCGUCCUCGAAGCGCAAGGGUGCGGCCGAGUCUGGCGGCGAGGAGAAGAAGUGCCACCCUCCCCGGAAGCGGGCCAAGAUCGCCUCGCUCGAGAAGCUAAGGGCAGGUAUGACAGCAGCAGUGGGGGACAAGAAGAAGGACGACAUGAUCCUGCGGGCACUCCGGGCUGUCCUGCGUGAUGACGCUGCCCAGUUUCGGUCACCCCAGCAAGAAGAGGCCGUCAGGUUGGCCGCGGCGAAGCAGAGCCCGCUGGUUGCCGUGCUGCCAACGGGCGGCGGGAAGAGCUUGGUCUUCAUGGUCCCGGCUAUGCUGGCAGGUGCAGGCGUGACCAUCGUGGUGGCUCCGUUCGCCGAGUUGAAGAGGCAGCUAGUCACACGCUGCGUCGAUGCCGGCCUAGACUGCAAGUCCUGGCCCGAGGCGCGUGAAUCUUGGCCCAGGGUUACGCUGGUCUCGGCCGAGGCGGCUGUCACCGAUGACUUCCUGCAGUGGGCCGCUGAUCUGAGUGUCAGGGGAAGGCUGGACCGAGUGGUCAUUGACGAGUGCCAUCUGUCAUUCACUGCCGCCGAAACCUACCGCGCGAAGCUCCGGUGCCUCGUUCUCCUGCGGAGCUUGGGGUGUCCCUUCGUAUUCCUCACUGGGACCCUGCCGCCGCUCCGUCAACGCGACUUCGAAGAAGCCAUGCAGCUCCAGGCUCCGCUCUACAUACGGGCUUCGAGCCAUCGGCUGAACGUGCGGUACUCCGUCCUUCGCGUCCGUAACGGACGGGGCGUCAUGGAGGUGAAGAGGCUGGUGGACGCCCGGCUCCCACGUCUAGCACCGGGGGAGAAGGGGGUCAUAUACUGCACCAGCCACGCGAAGUGUAGAGCGCUUGCCCGGCAGCUUGGUUGCCAUUACUAUCACGCUCAGCGCGAUGAUAGCGAUGCGCAGUUCCUUGCCCAGCGCGAGCAGGGCUUCCAGGCAUGGGUCAACGGCGAAACACCCUACAUCGUGGCUACCGCGGCUCUAGGCACGGGCCUUGAUGUUGCAGGCAUCGUCCAUGUCAUCCAUCUCGAGGCCCCAUUCAGCAUCAUCGACUACGCCCAGGAGGCGGGGCGGGGCGGGCGAGCUGGGGAGCCCGUCACCGCAGAGAUAGUCGUCGAGGAGAAGGACUGGCCGGUUGAGGACCAUAUCCGCGACAGCUACCUAGACUUGAGCACGCGCGAGGUACGCAGUCUGAUCCGGACACAAGGUUGCCGUCGCCGCCUCCUUGGCCAAUGCUUGGACGGUGACCUACGGGACUGUGGAGAUCUCGAUGCCGUCCGAUGCGAUAAUUGCCGCCGCGAUGAGCUGUUGUGGAAGAGUGAGCUAUCCUCGCAGGGUAUCAUAGCAUCACAUGCCCGCGGCAGGCGCGAUGCCCUCGCUCUAGAACGUUUCGAGGCCGCCUUGGAGGAGAUAGAGGAGCUUGGCAAGAUGGGCUGCCGCAUCUGCUGGAUGUUCGAUGGCGUCAAGGAGGCCGGGCACCAGUGGGGUACCUGUGGUGCCACAGCAGAGAAGGAUCUGUCCUUCUCCAGCUGCAUGAUCUUUCAGGGUCUGGUCAACUACAAGAAGGAUCCACAGGCACGUUUCUUGAGCUGCUUCUACUGUCACGUAUCGCAGGAGCUCUGUCGGGACGGUUACGAGACCAAAGGAGCAUCAUGUCGGUGGAAGCAUGCUGUAGUCCCUAUGGCGUUGGCCGCCGUGACGGAGGCAGAUAUAUGGUCGCAAGUCCAGGAGGCUGCCGGUCGAGACUUCAAAGGUCGGGAUGACUAUGCUGACUGGCUGGGCCGUAAGCAUAGCAAGUUGGUAUGCGGGCGAGAGAUGACCAAUGCUAUGGCCGUCUUUGAUCUAGUGCUCAAGUGGAGACAAACUCAAGAGCUUAGUUAA